AUGCGGCGCGCCGAUGGCCGCGGCCCGUCCCGCCGCGCGAAGGAGGCGGAGCCGGCUGGGCCCUUACAGCGGGUGCUGGUGGCCACGAGGGCCGUCCACGGCGUCGUGGCGUCUUGGUGGGACAAGUUCGGGUGGAUCCAGCCCGCGCAGGCGCUCGACCACCCACUCGCGGCGAGGCACCACGGCAAGAUCUUCUUCUCGGCGCAGGACGCGAGCGGGGUCUCCGGCGUGGGCGAGCACGUCACCUGCUUCGUCUACGAGGACGCCAACGGCCUCGGAGCCAUGAACGUGCGCCCCGCCGGCCCAGAGCAGCAGCUGGCGCUCCUGCCUGCCGCGGCACCUGGACAGGGCCCCGUGCCGGUGCUGCCACCCCCCCGGGCGCCGCUGGGCGCGGCGCAGUCGCCGGCUUGCCGGGGCCGCUCGCGGCUCCGGGGCGCCUCGCGCCGGAGGGCGCGGCGCGCCCGCGCCGCGCCCGAGGCCUACGGCACGCGGAGGGGCGGCUACGCCCCGGGGCGGCAGCGGCAGACUCUGCCGGCAGAGCACGGGGACGUGCUCGCGAGGGUGCAGCAGGUGCUGGCCGGCUCGGUGCCGAAGGCCGUCGAGGAUGUGGCGCACAUGGAGCACGAUUGGAACCCUCAGGAGAUGGGCAAGAGGAUCAGCAAGUGCAUUUACAAGGCGGCGCAGUCCCCAGAGCUCUUGGGGAUGCCCUGGCGAGAGGCGGCCGUGCAGUGUGUCGACCACACGGUGCAGGGCCUCUCCGCGACGUGUCGGGACAAGGAGUGGUUCUUCGACUUGGAUCUCCUCCCGACCCUCGUCGCUGUCCUUUCGGAGAUAGUGAAAGAUAGCGCCCCCCGAGCCGCACUGGACGAGCUUGAGGCGGUCGUCACCGCCAGGUACGAGGAUCUGCUCGACUCGGUGCUGCUGGAGAAGGCGAUGUGGGACGCCACGUGUGCGACCUUCCCGGGUGACCACGCGUGUGGCCGCAUCUUCAGGUAUUUGCAUGCUUCCUAUCCUGAAGCGCUCCGAGGAGCAAAGGACGAGGCCAUGAGCAAGAAGCUGUCACCAUUGAAGCGGGUGGAGCUGUUUAUGUCCAGGUGGAUGGAGGGCAGCAUGCACAAGGCGUGGCAAGCGAUCCAUGGGUCCGAGCAGCUGCUCACCCUGGACUCCCUGCUGCGGCUGUUUGGCAGCCUGCUGGCGCCCUUCGGAGAGGACCACCCCUUCUCCUGCGUGCCCACGGAGCUCACGGAGCGCAUCGGCCGCCCGCCGCGCGACUGGCCGCACGUGGCGCGCGUGGCGCGGCAGCUGCUGGCGUCGUGGAGGCAGCCCGUCCCGGAGGGCGCCCCGGCCCCGACAGACCCGCCCCCGCCCAAGCGACACCGCGCUGCAGCGGCCGCCGCGGAGGCGGCGGCGGCGGCCGCCGCCGCGGCCACGGCGCCCCCUGCUGCGGAGGGCGAAGGGGCAGGCGCCAGCCACGACGCCGCCACCGCGGGGAGUGCGGCCGGUGGCGCCGAG